CAAGAUGAUUGGGCAGAGCUACUUCCGUUGGCGGAGUAUGCUUACAACAACUCGGUUACCACCGCUACGGGCCAAUCUCCGUUCUAUACCAAUUAUGGUUACAACCCAAGAACCAACUGGCCGACGGAAGCCGAAGUGGUCAACCCAACCAGUGACCUGUACUGUUACGGGCAUGCCAAGCAUUUACGGGAGUGA